GUGGGGCGCUUUGUUUGGGUUUAUUUCGAAUAAUUUCUUUAUGAUUUACGUCAUGCUCUGUAAUGAAAACGAAAACUUCAAUGAAAUUACUUACCUCAGGAGCUGGUUUGCGUCUUUAUGUGCUGAGGAAACUUAUUUUUUUUUGUAAUAUCUCAUAAUGAGGGUACGGGGACCUAAAUUAUCACCUGAUAUGAAUUUUACGAAAAAGAACCCCAUUCCUAAUGUCACAGGGAGCCAUCAGAUGACUUGGAAGGAGUUAGCUGAAGCUGAUGAUCUUGCUUCCGCUCUCACCGUUGACCCUUAUCUUGGAUUCACUACCCAUAAAAUGACUGACAUGAAGCUAAGGAUUCCAGAUAGAAUUAAAAGGAAGUUUCGUGAUAUUAUAUGCAACUUUCAGAAGCAUAAAUGUUAUGAUGCUGCCUAUAAUCAGUUGAUAGCCGAUCCAAAUAUUGUGAAACGUCCUUGGAGUGUUGAUCCUCGGUUCAAAGAGCAUGUAUGUGUUUCGUAGCCUUGAUUUAUUCAUAGGUCAAUCGUUAUCUUUUAUUGUUUGAUGAUCGUUCUGGCAUCGAAAUUCGUCCAUGUUGGCGCUAUGCAUCGGAAAACCAUAUGGGUGCUGCAAUUUUUGCAACAAGAGAUUGGUAAACCAAAGGAAUCCUCAUAAAUAAGUUUCUAGGGCCAAAGGAUCACGUAUCAGUACCUUGGUGGGAUGUAUUGCUGAACUUAAACAUCACGAAGAAGCUGCAUUUCUGAAGCAUCACAAAAAUGAUUUUUCGGUUAUGUAUUCUUCUAGGAAAAAUUGCUCUCAGUUGUGGUUGGGUCCCGCUGCCUACGUUAAUCAUGAUUGUCAUCCAAAUUGUGAGGUAACGUUUUGCUCGAUAUAUUAGAUGCAUCUCAAGUUUAUAUCUUCCUAGGCAACCAUAUUGUAUUCUUACUACGUUCCAAUCUUCCUGUUAGGUCCAACUUAGUAACAGACCUUCAUUGUUCAAGUUUGGAGAUGUCUGGAUAAAAGAGCGAAAGUCAUCAACCAAAUGAAAAAAAACGCAGACUAACCAAUACAAAAAAGAGUAGAUAUUAUGUGAUAGUUUUAAGAUUGCAAGAUAAAAAGGAAUAUGUACCAUUGUGAUUGUUCUUAAACAAUUCUGUCGACGUUUUCUUUCAUAUAUUACAUUUUUGUUUAUUAGAGUUAGAUCACUGGCUGUGUUUGUCGUGUAAUUAAGAUAAUUCAACGAUAAUGAGAUUCGAUUUCCGCUGAUUAAUUUUAUAAAACAUUUAGUUAGUCUGACUUUUCUAUAUAGUCGUUGCUAGUCUGCAAAAAAUUGUUUGGAUUGGUAAAUGAGAUUUUUAGAUUCCAUGCCAGUGCUUGUUUGUUAACACAAAUAUGGAUAAGUCUUUCCACGACUUUUAACUCAUUUUGAACCUCGGAGAAGGUAUUAGAAAUGAUUAAUAGUUUUUUUAAGUGAUAAAUCUCGAAGUAUUUAGUUCUCUUUCAAAAGUAAUGAUGUUGGAUACUUUUUGAGUAAUAUCAACUGAGCAUACUUCUUUAUUAAGUGUAGGCUUUUAUCACCAAUACUUAAAAUCCCGUUGGUUUGAUGAAACGAAUCGUUCUUGCAAAUCACUUUAUCCCACAAUCUUUUUUUCUGAUUGGAUUUAGUUCACAAUUAACUGUGAUGUUGACGCUCGUAUGAGUUUGGAAGCAAAAACGGAUAUAAAAUGUGGCGAUGAAAUUUUUAUCUAUUAUGGUACUCACUUUUUUGAUACAAAUAAUAGAGCUUGUGAGUGUUUUACCUGCGAGUUAUUGGGGCGCGGCUAUUUUAGUAAAUUUACACAAGCGAUUGAUAGUACCACUGUUUCCAAUCAAAAACUGAUUCCAAAUAUUGUGAAUGGUCAAGAAAACUAUACCAGAAAUAUAGCAUCGUAUCACAAUGCCCGUUACAAUCCUAAUGUUCGUAAUCAUGUUCUUCUUGAUAAGAUGAACUUAUUACCAGAUAAUACUCUGUCUGCAUGUAAUGACGCACAAAAUGCUAAGCAAUUAUCUUUGGAUUUUUUCCUAGAAAAGGGAUCUUCCACUGGUUUAGCUUGUAAAGCAUUACCUAAUGCCUACGCCUUACGCCAUACUGGAUCUCGUCUAAACCGUGUUAAAGCUCGAUUAUUUGCUGCAAAAGUAGCUUCUAUAAACAGAUCCUUUGGUGUGAACAGCCAAGAAAACAGAAAGCCAAAAAUCAAGUCUUCUUACAAGAAGUGCAAAUUAAGAAUGACAGUUUCAAAUAUCAUUCCCUCUUUAAAAAGAAACAAGUCAAAAUCAAAUCCCCACGCCAUUGGUAGAAAAAAACUAAUGAAAUCUGUCACUGCCGUAAGAAGCCGGCAAAUAUUGUCUGACGCUCAAGCAAAAGACAAUUUUACUUCGAGAAAAAAUAUCGGUAACCCUUCUGAUCACAGUAUAGUUUGUGAUGGUAUAUCAUGGCAAGAAUCAGAUGGGACAAGUAGUGGAUUAGGGCGGAGCGUUAACAAUGACAGUAGUGGCUCCAAUAGUCCAUUGCCACCAGAUUUGGAUCGGAUGUCAUCGACUUCACCAAACAAUUCAUUCAGUGAAACGAUUGUUGUUACACCUAAUCUUAAAUCAUCUUACUAUCUUGAAUCAGUAGUUCAAAAGUGCACUGACAAUCGGAAUAUGAAACGAAAACCAUGUGGUAUUAGUGCCGAGUCUUCUAUACCAAUCAUCAGUCCAUUACGAAUUACAGUUGAAAAUGAACUAACAAAGAAUGUGGAACCUAUUUUGGGACGACUUAUGCAUGAAACAAAGUGUAGUAGUGAUUUAAAAAACCCAUUAACUACUAAUUAUAUAUUUAAUCAAUCUACUACUUCUGAACACUGUCGAAGACGUCUAACAAAUUAUGAUGCUCGUUUGAUAGCCGAGGCCAGUUUGCUCACUCCGGUAUCCAAACAAAGGCAACGUAAACCGCCAAGUUAUCCAGAUUCUGUAGAGUAUGUUUCAUUUAAAAAUACGGUGAGAUCUAAAACAAGAUCAAUAAAGUGUGGAAAUAAAGAUGAACUUUUGAAUGACAGGUCACAAAAUAAUAACGGCCAUGAUGUUGAAGAUGCAAAUGACAAUUCUAAAAGUUUUUAUAACAAGUACAACCCACAAUUAGGGUUAUCUUUUGUGGGGAAUAAAUAUGUUGCGGCUUCAGGAACACAGUAUUAUGCAAUGCCGGACCAAUGUACGGAUAUUGAGUCUUUUUCUGAGGAGCUGAUACCCCCAUUACUAACCAGUCCUUCGAAACUUCAUACAACGUCAUCGUUUACUUUGUCAGAUAGUUCUCAUGAUGUGGGUCCUCCCUCCAUAUAUUCCACAGCUGAAGCAGAUGAUAGAAGUGAACUCAUUUCGAUUGAUUCUGAACUCACUGAGCCCAAUUUAGAUACUGAUUCCUCAUGUGAUUAUCAUAUUUCUAACACACCCAUAAUCCCUUUCAGUCUUUAUAAUAAGUCCAUUACAAAUGACAAAAAAAGUUCUUUAAUGUCAGCUGAACAUAUUCUUAUGGAUCAUGAUUACUCUUUGCCAGCAUAUGAUGCUGAAUGUGCUCUAGUUUCGAAUCCAAUGCUAAACACUAAAAUAAACAACCAAGACCACCGGCAGAAAUCCGAGAAAAAACCACUUCAAAACUAUAGUAAUAAUAAUGAUAAAAACUUUAAUUGCCCUUGUUUACCAGAAGUCGUCCGUACACCUCCACCUCCACUUCUGCAACCAGAAACUCAAUCUAGUAUUUUCGAAUUGUAUGCUCGUGAUUCACCACGUAAAAUUAAAAAUGAUUUCCUCCCAAAUUCAUCUCAUAUCCCCUCAGUUUCCUAUGCUCAUAAUUCAUGGCAGUCUCGAACUUCAGAUACAAAGGACAUUUGGCACCCUAAUCUUUUGUUCUCUGACUCUUCACCAGAUUCUCGCCGUCUAACGGUUACUCUUAAACGCAUUGGACCUAAGCAUUAUCAAAUAUCUCAACCAAGUAGACUUUUUAUUGAUUGAAAAAGAUAUUUUGUCUAUAAUAUAUGACUAUGCUUCUUUUUACUUUCUUGCAAAUUUAUAGAGAUGUUUUUAUUCCUUGUUUAUGACCAGCAUUUGCGAUUUCUUACUACCUCAGAUUCCUCAUUUAUACAUAUGUACUACAUAAAAAUCCAUAUUCAAUCUUAUUAUUUUCUUUUAGCAUGAUAAUUAUUGUCAGUAUGUAUAUAAUGUUAAUAAAAAGCACUCUGGCUGUUGUU